UUACUCUCAAGAAAGAUGGACAGAUAUCGUAAAGUACUAUGAGGAAAUGGGAAAACCGACACCCAAAGCUGAGGUGAUGAAGUAUCUAAAGAGCAAAGAAUACACAGAUGCAAAGGAUUUCGCGGGCGAAUGUGAAUCGGUUGUCAUGAUUGCCAAAGGACAAAGUGUACAAGGUACAUGCAAAUACGGAACUCGAAUAGAUUACAUAUUAUCAUCAGAAAAUGCACCGUAUAAGUUUGUCCCGGGUUCGUAUUCGGUUUUUUCUUCGAAAGGAACUUCUGAUCAUCAUAUAGUGAAAGUUGAUUUGAUAAAAGUAGGAGAAAAUAAUCAGCAAUGUACGAGUAGAAAAACGAGGCAGCACAGGAAAAGAACGGUUAAGAUCGUACAUUCUUCGUUUCCAUCAAAGGGUAUAUGGAAGAUUUGAUCUUGAAGAACUGAUCAUUUUUUUUUAUUAUUAUUCUUUUUUUAUAAUUAUUUUCUGAUGAAUUUGAUUGGGCAUAUUUGGUCCUGGAGAGAUAGGAAAUAGAUGAAUAAAUUAAAGAUACAACAAUAUGACAGUGAUUGAAUACAUAGUAUAGUGAUGAUAGUUAGGCUGUGAUCUCUGUUUUUUUUUUUUUUUGGUGCUUUAUUUUGUAAUGUUUGGUUGUGUGUAAUAUUAUUAAAAUAACGUAAAAGUCCCUCA